AUGGCUCAACAUGAGCAGGCUCUCUGUUACCAAAUGUCUGAUUCACUGUCUUUUCCUUCUUUCACUCUUUUCAGGGUAUUUAAGAAGACCAGUGGCAAUGGACAUAUUGCCCUGUACUUGGCGAAGAGAGACUUUGUCGAUAAUGUGGAUUCAGUGGAAGUAGUCGACGGUGUUAUUAAAGUGGACCCUUCUGGUCUUAACGACAGAAAAGUGUUUGUCUACCUUGCUUGUGCCUUCCGCUAUGGAAGCGAUGACUUGGACGUUAUGGGCCUGUCCUUCAGGAGAGACAUCUGGAUCCAGCGCGUUCAGGUGUAUCCACCUACAGGCGCAAACACAGCCUCAUCACCAAUGCAGGAAUUCCUCAUGAAGAAAGUUGGAGAGCAAGGAUAUCCUUUUUCCUUCCAGAUGCCAACAGAUCUGCCAUGCUCAGUCUCCUUACAGCCUGGGCCAGGUGACGCUGGCAAGGCUUGUGGCGUGGACUUUGAGGUUAAAGGAUACAUUGCCAAUGCAGCAAACAAUGCAGAUGAAGUCAUUGAAAAGAAGGACACGUGUCGCCUGAUGAUUCGCAAAAUACAGUUUGCACCAGUUAACAACAAGGCCGGACCCAAGGCUGAUAUAGCCAAGCAGUUUAUGAUGACUGACAAACCUGUUCACUUGGAGGCCUCCCUUGAAAAAGAGAUUUAUUACCACGGAGACCCAAUCACGGUCAAUGUAAAAAUCAACAACGAAACUGCCAAGGUUGUGAAGAAAAUCAAAGUCUCAGUUGAGCAGUUAACAAACGUGGUGCUCUACUCAUCUGACACCUACGUCAAGACAGUCUGCUGUGAGGAGUUUGGGGAGACAGUAAACGCCAACUCUACGUUCAACAAGUCGUUCCAAAUAACCCCUCUGCUGGCCAACAACAAAGAGAAGCGGGGUCUCUCAGUUGACGGACGGCUAAAAGAUGAGGACACCCACCUAGCAUCCACCACCCUGAGUCAAGGAGAAAAGGAGAUGCAGGGGAUCAUUAUCUCCUACAAAGUCAAGGUCAAUCUAAUGGUGUCUGGAGGAGGUCUGCUGGGUGGCCUAACAUCAAGCGACGUCACUGUGGAGCUUCCUCUGACCCUGAUGUCCCCAAAGCCUGCAGAGCUAUGA